GUUCUCCGGUCUGCCGGCGCGGCGGCGGCUGCGCAAUCCUAUUUUGCAAUGUAAAACUGUUCUGCGGGUAAAGUUCGUCAGUUAGUGCCUGAGGACCUUUCCGAAAGGUGGUGUUUCAGUGAUUCUAACAGAUUUUUGACGCCCUCGCGAUGUCCUCCGAGAGCUACACGGAGGCCGAGCUCGACGCCAUGCCCGACCGCAUCGCCGACAGCUUCACGGGCCGGACCGUGCUCGUCACCGGCGGCACCGGCUUCAUGGGGAAGGUGCUCGUCGAGAAGAUUCUCAGGAGGUGCCCGAACAUCCAGGAGAUCGUGUUGUUGGUGCGGCCCAAGAAGGGGAAGUCGCCGCGACAGCGCCUCGAGGAGAUAUUCAACGGGCCGUUAUUCGAGAAAGUCCGUACGCUCCGCGGCGGCGUGGAGCCCCUACUGGCCAAGGUGUCCAUCGCGGCCGGCGACGUGGCGGAGAAGGACCUGGCCCUCAGCGAGGAGGACCGAGAGAGGAUCAGCAACACUGUGGAAAUUAUCAUACACGCCGCUGCUACCAUCAGAUUUGACGAGGAGCUGAAGAAAGCGGUGCUCAUGAACGUAAGAGGAGUGAGGCUGAUGCUGGACUUGGCGAAGCAAUGCAAGAAGUUGCAGCUGUUCGUGCAGAUCUCGACGGCCUACUGCCACCUGCACGAGACGCUGCUGGAGGAGAAGCCGUACCCGCCCCCCGCCGACCCCCACCAGAUCAUCGAGGCCAUAGAGUGGAUGGACGACGACACCAUCGCUACUCUCACUCCUAAACUGCUCCACAACUUCCCGAACUCGUACGCGUUCACGAAGGCGCUGGGCGAGGCGCUCGUGGUGGAGGCCAUGGGCUCGGUGCCCGCCGUCGUGCUCCGGCCCUCCAUUGUGAUCCCAAUCUGGCAGGAGCCCCUGCCAGGCUGGACCGACAAUAUCAACGGACCCACGGGACUGCUCAUCGGUGCGGGCAAGGGUGUGAUCCGGACGAUGUACUGCAAGAGCAACAGCUACGCGGACUACCUGCCCGUGGACGUGUUCAUCAACGGCAUCAUGAUCUUGGUCUGGCACUACUGCGUCGUGGGAGAGAAAUCCACAAAUGUGGUGAACUUCACGUCGUCAGCCGAGAUCAAGGUGACCUGGUCCGAGAUGAUCGAGGCCGGGAGGGAGAUCAUCAUGAACCGGAUGCCGCUCAACGGAGUCGCUUGGUACCCCGGCGGCUCCAUGAAGCACUCGCGGCUGUACCACAACAUCUGCGCGUUCUUCUUCCACUGGGUGCCCGCCGUCAUCAUCGACGCGCUGCUCUUCUGUCUCGGAUACAAGCCUGUUUUGAUGCGCGUCCAGCGACGCAUCAGCAAAGGAUUCGAGGUGUUCGAGUACUACACGAACAACCAGUGGGACUUCAAGUCGGACAUCGCGCAGACUGUGCGGCUCAAGCUCAACGCCCGGGAGAAGAGGGACUACAAGGUCGACGCGGGAGGUCUGGACAUCUCGAAGUACUUCGAGGACUGCAUCCACGCCGCGCGCAUCUACAUCCUGAAGGAAUACGACGAUACACUGCCGGCCGCGCGCAGGCACAUGAGACUCAUGUACUGGGUGGACGUGGUGGUGCGGUGCCUGUUCUGGUACUUCAUAAUCUCGUGGGUGCUGAGUCUGUUCGGCUGGAGUUCACUGACCUCCGCCGCGCCAGAGCCAGCGCUUAACUCGCUUCCCGCGUAGCGACGUUUGACUGUUGACUAGCGAAUUAACAUGGCCGUCAUCUUGUUUUGUUACUUACCUACAAUGGCGCGUUUCAUAUUUUCAUUUUUGACAUAAUUAUAACCUUUAUGUAGGGUCCACACUAUUCGCCGAACUGAGACAGACUCGACAGAAUGCCGAUGCGAAUGCACGAACAUUGCGUAGGUAGUUGAAAAAUCCGAAGCCGAAGUUUGGCAAAUACAUAUGGAUAGAUACAUGUUUCAGAAGCUCGAUAGCCACGUAUCUAUGUUUAGAGAUCGGGGGGAUUAUUCGUGGAAGUUGGAUUCUAAUAAAGCGAUAGAUCGCUAGCGUCAGAUAACGUCUAGUUUAUAUUCUAUUGAUUUACUUUAACAGAAAUAAAAUAUUAAACUACAAAACCAGGUAUUACUUGACAAGAUGGCGGAUAUUUUAGAACUCAAAUUAGGGUUACCAUGAUGAUUUAUUUCUAGAUCAACUAGACUGUCAUUUUAGUGUUUUAGAUAUAAAAAUAUCCAACUAUAUAUACGUAAUAUAAAUAAUAUUUUGAAUAUAAUUUGUAAGACUAUUUUAUAUUUGAAAACCUUUAUUUUAGUUACAAAAAACCUCCUCGGUGUAGGCCGUACCUGCUUAGGUUUAAGCUGAUAUUUUCACAUUAAAAUAUAAAUAAAAGAUAUUUUUUUGUUAUCAUUAUACUUAACUACUUACUUCAAGUAGUAAUAAUUAAAAAUAUAUAUCAAUUAUGAAGUUUUAUAAAAAUGUCUACUUGAAUACAUUUCUAUAACUACCUAUACAAAUUAUAAAUGUAGUAUUGUAAAUUGACGAUUAUUUGUUAUUUAAAUAAGUGAUAUUGCUCAAUCGAAAGUGUUUUCUUAAUUUUCCCGUGAAUAUAAAACAAAAUUAUAUAAAAAAAUAGUUAAAACUUACAAUUAUUAAUGUCGUUUAGCUAAACAUUCUAAGUCAAUUACGUUAAUAAGUAAAUUUGCUAAUUGUAUAUAAUUGUUGUAUUGGUAUAACUAAUUGCAAUAAUAUGAAUUAUCAAAGUUUUCUUUUUUUUAUUACUUAAAUUACAGCUAUCUUAAACUUCUUGAUUAUUCAAAUAGAUAUUUUUUUUGCUCGACUUACGGGGGCACUGCCGUGCCCACAAAUUAAGUAAAUGCUUUGUUAUUGUAUAAAACGUUUUUAUACUUUUAUAAAUGUGAUACUGAUUAAAACUUUUUAAAUAAA